UCGCUUCGCCUCGGAUACCGUCUCAAUCACCUUCCCGUUCUCGCGAUCCACCCCGGAACUCUCACAUCUCGACUCAAAAUGGCAACCAACUCAAUCAAGCUCUUGACUGGUAACAGUCACCCCGAGCUUGCGAAUCUCGUGGCUGCUCGGCUUGGCAUUGAAUUGACCAAGAUCAUGGUCCUCCAAUACUCCAACCAGGAAACCAGCGUCACGAUCGGUGAAAGCGUGCGAGACGAGGAUGUCUUCAUCUUGCAGUCGACGCGCCCGAAUGACAUCAACGACGGCCUGAUGGAGCUGCUUAUCAUGAUCAAUGCCUGCAAAACCGCAUCCGCUAGACGUAUCACAGCUGUCAUUCCUAACUUCCCUUAUGCGCGUCAAGAUAAGAAAGAUAAGAGCCGUGCGCCGAUUACCGCCAAGCUCAUGGCCAACAUGCUCCAGACGGCCGGCUGCAACCAUGUCAUUACCAUGGACUUGCACGCCAGUCAGAUCCAGGGCUUCUUCAACGUCCCCGUCGACAACUUGUACGCCGAGCCUAGCAUGCUGAAGUGGAUCCGGGAACACUUGGAUGUGACCAAUUGCGUCAUUGUCAGUCCUGAUGCAGGUGGUGCCAAGCGUGCGACCGCUAUUGCCGACCGCCUUGACCUCCAAUUUGCCCUGAUUCACAAGGAGCGUCCCCGCCCCAACGAGGUCUCGCGCAUGGUCCUCGUCGGUAACGUCAAGGACAAGAUCGCCAUCAUCGUCGACGACAUGGCUGACACCUGCGGUACCCUCGUCAAGGCCGCCGACACAGUCAUGCAGCACGGUGCCAAAGAGGUCAACGCUAUCGUCGUUCACGGUAUCCUCUCUGGGAAGGCCACCGAGAACAUCAAUAACAGCUGCCUCAGCCGCGUCGUUGUGACCAACACCGUCCCCCACGCCGAGAAGAAGGAGCAGUGCGACAAGAUCGAGACCAUCGACAUCAGCCCCACCCUUGCUGAGGCUUGCAGACGUACGCACAACGGUGAAUCUGUUAGCUUCCUGUUCUCUCACGCCGUCGCCUAAAUGCGUCAAUGGUUCUCGAUAGUAUGAAGGUGAAGGCGACAGCCAUUGCUUCUUACGGAAACUACAGUCUGCAACAGAAGCUUGUUCUUCCAUGGAUGCUACAAGGAGGGCUAGAUUGUCUUUGACGCCGGAGCUCCAGUCUAUGCUACUAUGGCUUCGGACGGAAUGCACUAGUCCCUCCUUGCCGCAUCUCUCUUUUCUCUAUUUUUCUUCUUUUGAUGCGGCAUUUCUGGGUUAUGAGACUUGCAU